UUAAAUUGGUUUCGAAUUAUUUGUUGGAGGAGUUGACAGAUUCCGCAGACAGAUGGCGCGAAAUUUCAACGACACGAUGAAAAGAGUUUUCUCAAGGUUUUGUGUCUUGCUCAUGAUAAAUGUAUUUCAGAUUUUUUUGAAAGUUGAAAUAACAUUUGCUGGUGCAUCUCCCACCUCUGCUGACAAUAAUUUGACCAGUGCAUUAGAUAAUCAAAGGGAAUCAGUUUCAGACUGCCAUAGUACUUUGAUUGCAAUGAAGGGGAAUAUCACCUACAGACCCUUUGACGAUGGACUUCAAUCCUGGCGACAUUGUGAUUGGCUGGUAAUCCUUCCCAAACUCUCUUCAGUGCGUCUAAAGUUCAUCGAUUUUGAUCUUCCUCCAGCAGAUUUCGGACAUUGUAAGCAAGGGUUCCUCAUCCUUGGAACCUUUGAUACAAAAGGUAACAGAGAGAGUAAGCUGGGCCCAGUGUGUGGGACUUGGUUACCCAAGGCGAUCCUUCUCCCCACAGACAAGUUCUGGCUGUCCGUGUUCAGGGUCCCAGCAGAACCUGAUAAGAGCUCAACAGGGUACAGAGGGUUCACCCUCAGCUUCACUCAGGUCUUGCAUCCUGUCCAUGGAUCUGAGGAUUCCUCAAGUAGCCUUGACCCGCGUUGGUUUGCGGCGAUUGUCAUAGCUGGCCCUCUCCUGUGUGUGAUACCCUUGUAUAUCUGUCUGCGUAAAAGGAGAUCUCUUCCCUUGUACUGUGAUAAUCCAGACACGUCGGAGAUGGUGGCCCAGAGAUUCCAGAAGAAGCACCGCCCUCUGUUCAAACCGGACCUCGAGAGAUCCAGAAACAUCCAAAUCUUGGUUUCUAAGCCAUCGAUGGAUGAGGAUCAAAUGAGUAAUAUCUCAGCAUUCUCUUACUUCGGGGGAUCGGGGGAUUACGAGAAUGUUAAGAGCCAACUCAAACAUAGGGAUGACUUCUCUCUCUUUAAAAACAUGUAUGUCCGGGGAUCUUCCUUUCCAUCCAUUGAUUGUUCCUUAGACAGCCCUGUUUUCAUGGAGGAGACACAGAUCAACAAAUCACAUUUCUCCAAAUCCCCCAAGAGCAACUUCCUUACCAUCCCUAUGAUGCGUACACGCAAAUCCAGGUCUUCUUACCUGAGCAUCUUACCGGACUUUGAGUCCACUUUGGACCACAGCAAGAUCCAGAGCAUGGAGCAAUUAAAUCGGAAAUCGGCCGAGUCUUUGACCUUGGCCUCAAUUGGCAAGGUCGACGGUAAACCUGUGUAUGUCAUCCAGGACCAGCCGCCCAGCAAUAAACGACCGACAAUUCCCGUCAUCACCAUUACAUCCGCCUCUCUCAGGAGGAAGCAGAGACUCUCCACCGUCAAAAAACCAGAGUACACAAAUUCAGACUCGGCACUCAUGGACAAGAAGUCAGGGCGACGAUUCCGAGGCUCACUACGGCCGUGCAAGCAUGCAAAGGCGUGGCAGUCUGAGGAUGAUAGUUCUGAUGAAGUAGAGGUCAAGGAACCAGAUAAAGAAUCGGAUAAACAAGAAUCAUAUAACAAAACAACAGAUUACUGGAGACCGGAUCAACAAGCACCAGAUUACGAAAAACCCAGUGAGACAGCAUCAGGUAACAUGGAACUAAAUCUGAACGAUCCAAAUGACAAGGCACCAAUUUGUGAGCAAGAACCAGAAAACAAUGUACCAGAUAAAAAGAAUGAACCAACUAACAAGGAGACAGCUUUCCAGAGGCCCGAUCGCCGGGAACCAUACAUUGUAGACCCCAAUAAGCAUCAGUUCUCAGCCCCAGUUUGUCAUACAGCCAAAAGUUGCCUCGAUUCUCAUUUUGAAUUUUCGACUCCUUCAAUUAUGUUAUACAAAAGUAAAUCUCAUGGAAGACCUUUGGCAUCCUCAGAUGAUACAUGUUUUCAAUCGGAGAGUACCUCAACUCAUGUGUAUGCCUCACUGAUUGGGACUCCAGAUCAGACGGAGGCUGAUUUGUCAAAGGAACGCGAUUACCAAAAUAAUUUGGAUGAUAAAUGUCACCCUAUAAUGACUUUGGAAGAAAGAGUUUUGCUGAAGCAGAUGACUCAGCCCCAGGUGAUGGGGGUGGACAAUCUGGCCUACGAAUCGUCUGAUGAUGGUAGGGAGACUGAGGGUUUGAGGUUGAAACCAGUAAAAAAGGGCGGAGAACUAGACUAUCAGUCAUUGGUCACUGACGAAAACAUGAACUGUGUAGGUGCUGGUUGCAGUGGCUGAUUCAUUGACACAAAACAAUGACUAAUAUAACAGCGCUCAACUUCAUUUAUAAACUUUUUUUCACUUUAAAUUUGCUUUAUUUAUAUGUAUAUAUUUUGGUGCUUUUUGAUAAUAUAUUUACUUGUGUUUAUUAAGAUA